UACAACUCUGAAAUUGGAAAAUUCCUUCAGCUGGGCUAGUGUAUCAAUUUGGCUUGAAGACCAAUUAUUGGAGUUUUAAAAAUCGACGCAGGAACAGACCAACAUAAACAGAACAUCAACAACAUUUUAUGAUACAGAGUCAGCGUUAUUUAAGCGGAAUAUGGCUUCUGUUAAACAAUACCUCGUUUUGCUACUCUCCUUGGCGUCUUUUGUCUAUACCAUUUAUGUGGUAACACAACUAAUACAGUUCCUCUCUGCGCCUAGAAAAACCUCGAAAAUAUACACCUGGGUUUUCCAUUUGCUGGACAACACAAGCCGCUUGGAAACCGCAUAUGGCCCUAUAGUUUUCAACACCCUUUAUUUGAUGCUUUUCAUAUUUCAACAUAGUUUUAUGAAGUCAGCAGUAAUUAAAAAAGUGGUACAGUCUUUGGGAUUGUCUACAGCAGAACGAGCUAUUUAUAGUCUGACAUCAUCUGCCUGCUUGCAUUAUUUGAUCAGAAAUUGGGUCACAGCCUCGUCGAUAAUCUUGUGGCAAGUUGAUGUUGAAGCCAAUAAAUGGAUGUGGUGGCUAUUUACUUUACUACAUGCAUUUGCUUGGAUGGUGAUUUGUGGAGGUAGCAUUAUUAUGGACCUACCGGAGCUUAUGGGCAUUAAACAACCUUAUUAUGACAUGAAAUCCUAUGCUCAACCAUUGGCCUAUAAAUCAUUCGAAUUAAGACACCUAUAUACACAUGUUAGACAUCCCUCCUUUGUGGGUUUGUCUGUCAUAUUAUGGGCCAGUAAUCUUAUGACUUUAGAUCGACUAUUGCUUGCUGUUAUGCUGACAUCUUACAUGUACUUUGCUUGGUCGACCGAUCAUAACGAUAUGAUAUAUCAAAAAUGUCAAUUACAGCGAAAAAGUGAUGAACUGAAAUCAUAGAGAAAUCUUCUGAAUAAAAUCAUCUAAUAUUUCAUAACAAUACUUUAAGGUUUAUUAGCAUUAACAUAUAUUUGUAAGACCAGUAAUAAAAACUACAUUACUUAA